AUGUAUCUCCAGUCUGGGAUAUUACCAGAAAACAAAGCUGAAGCAAGGAAAGUUCAAUACAAGUCCGAGCACUACCAGAUGGUCGACGGAAUAUUGUAUCGAAAAUCCUACUUAGGACCAUUGUUGAGAUGUGUCGACCCAGAAGAUGCGAACUACUUGAUCCGAGAAGUGCACGAGGGGAUCUGUGGCAUUCAUGCCGGACCAAGAAUGGUGGUAGCGAAAGUGAUGAAUGUCGGGUACUACUGGCCCGGAAUGCAUCUAGACACAGUGAAGGCUUUGAGAAAAUGCAGCGGGUGCCAGAGACAUGCUCCGAAGACGAUGCGCCCCAAAAACAAACUAGUCCCCGUAAUAACGGCGUGGCUGUUCCAAUAA